GGGGCAUGAACUCAUCCAAGCCAAGAAGAAGAAAAACCAGAGAAGAACAGUCCCAAACUCCCAAUCUUCACCCAUAUGGAUAUUGAGAAAAUUUUUCACAUGAAGGGAGGAAUCGGCAACAAUAGUUAUGCCAACAAUUCCCAUCUUCAGAGGAAAGCUUCCGAUAUGGUAAAGCACAUAACAAUGGAGGCUAUAGAGAAAGUUUACCUUUCAACCGGUGCUCCGACGAGCUUCGGAAUCGCCGAUUUGGGAUGCUCCUCUGGCCCAAACACCUUAUCGAUCAUCAAAGAAAUAAUCCAAGCCGUCCAAUCACUUAGCUCUGACCAUCUCCGGCAGUCACCGGAGUUCCGAGUCUAUUUAAACGACCUUCCGACCAAUGAUUUCAACUCUAUCUUCAAAGCCCUACCCGAUUUCUGCAGAGAGCUUCAAAACGAAGGAGAAAAUCAAAAUCCAUCCGGGUUUUUCAUUGGGGCUUAUCCAGGCUCCUUUUACAAGAGACUUUUCCCCAGUAAUAGCUUGCACUUCGUUCAUUCCUCUUACAGUCUCCACUGGCUCUCUAGGGUUCCUGAGGGGGUUCGAGAUGAAUUUGGGAAACCGGUAAACAGAGGGACGAUUUAUAUAUCGGAGAGAAGUCCGAAAUCGAUAGUGGAGGCUUAUGUGAACCAAUUCCGGCGAGAUUUUUGGGAGUUUCUGAGGAAGAGGGGGGAGGAGGUGGUUUCCGGCGGGCGGAUGGUGCUGAUUUUGCUGGGAAGAGAUGGGGCCGAUCAUGUUGAUAGAGGAAAUUCCUUCAUGUGGCACCUUCUUGCACGAGCCUUCGCCAUUUUGGUCUCUCAGGGAGAAGUGAAGGAAGAAAAGUUAGAUAGCUAUGAUGUGAAUUUCUAUGCAGCAAACAAAGAGGAAAUAGAAGAGGAAGUGAGAAGAGAAGGGUCAUUUGGGUUAGAGAGAAUAGAGAAAUUUGAGUUAGAGAAGAAGGUGAGAAUGAAGAAUAAUGGAGAUGAAAGCUAUGGGAAAGAAGUUGCUAAAUCAGUAAGAGCCAUUCAAGAGUCUAUGAUUUCUCACCAUUUUGGUGAUUCAAUUUUGGACUCUUUGUUUCUAAAUUAUGGAAACAUUUUGGAUGAAGAAAUGGCCAAACAAGAAAUCAGACCCAUCUCUUUUGUUAUUGUUCUCACAAAGUUGUGAUUAAAUUCUCAUAAUUAAUUCUUAAUGAUCCCCAACAAUAUUUUUUGUAAUAUUAUUCCAAACUCUUCAUUUAUUAUCAUCAUCAUCAUUCUAAUUU